AGGCUGGCUCCAUUUAUGGGACAAAGGAAGCUCUCCUACCUGAACUUUUGCCUUCAAAGACUGUCACCAUCACCUCUUGCUCCAGUUUCUCUCUUCAUGAUGAAAUCAGCAGCUCUGGCCUUUUUGGUCCUGGCCAUAUCUAACUGGGCUUUCUAUGUGGCUGCAAAAGCAGAGCAAGUGAAAGGAACACAGGUUGACUGCAGUGGGUACUUCCAAAGGAAGUACAACAGUUUAGCAUGUCCAAGGAACUUAGAUCCAAUCUGUGGUACUAAUCAAAAAAAUUACGACAACGAAUGUUUACUCUGUGACUAUAACUUGAAAAAUAGAUUGAAUAUCAGAAAGCUACAUGAUGGAAAAUGUAUUCGAUGCCCGAAAGAAGAACAGGAAUUUUGUACCUUGGAAUAUAAUCCCCACUGUGGUUCUGAUGGUAAUCUUUAUGGCAAUAAAUGUGACUUCUGCAAUGCUUUUGUGAGAAGCCAGGGUACUCUGACUUUAAGUCGUUAUGGAGUAUGUUGAGGACCAAGAGCAGCAUAUUUCCCAUCUACAAGAAGCUUCCUGGUUUGGACUCCACACAUAAUCCUUUGAUUACCUCUCACCUGGAUUAGACCAUAGUUGCUGAUAUCCCUAACUGUUUGCUGAUUUACUACAACAAUAAAUACUUCUCUGCUUCAGCUCUAA